AUUUCGUGCUGCUUAGUUUAACUUAGUAGAUUUCACCCCUCCUGUCAAAUUGUAUGCACAUAGUGAAGUUGGCACGGAUCUCUUUUCGCUUAACUACUCGUGUUUAAAUUUCAUGUGGGAUUUUCAGUUGUGUCAUAUGCGUGCCUUCAGUAAGAGACGAUUGUCCUUUUAUGUUGAUACAAAUUUCCUCAUCUGCCAUUCACCAAUAGUCUUAACUUUUUGAUAGAGGCUAGUCGUGGUGCUUGAAUUAAAAUAUCCUCUAAUUGUACUGUGUCAUUUUUUGCAUUUGUUGAAUAUAUCACUGGUGAGUGUGCGGGGUUGAGAUUGGGGACUUGAUAUAUUGAAGUGCGGGGAACGUACAGUACCUGGAAACAAUCAGACAUUAUCGAAUUGGGUGAUAAGAAAGAAAAGGAAAAAGAAGAAUGUUUUCUCCAGAUUCAGAAAGAGAAAUCUAUGGGGUUCGCGACGUCGCGACGUCUUUUGGUGAUGACUUCGACGCGGAGUCUGUGGUGCAGCCGAACGAAGUGCAGCCAUUGUUGCAGCCAGACACGGAACCGCAAACCUGGAAGGCUCCAAAGGGGUUUAUCUGGAUUGAACUGGCCAUCUUCGCCAAUGUUUUCCUUUCCGGGUUCGACGGCACAAUAACAGCAUCAACGUACGCUCUUAUCAGUUCAGAGUUCCAUGCUGCGAAUACAGCGUCCUGGUUGACAACUUCGUAUCUGAUUACCAGUACGGCGUUCCAGCCUCUGUAUGGCAGGUUCUCUGAUAUUUUCGGGCGACGAGUGUGCUUUUUCACCUCUACUAUCAUGUUCAUGCUGGGUUGUGUGGGCAGUGGGCUGGCUAAGGAUAUCAUCUUCUUGAACGCUAUGAGAGCUCUGGCUGGAAUCGGUGGUGGCGGGCUUAUGACUAUGGCUACAAUCAUCAACUCCGACAUGAUCCCGUUUCGAGAACGAGGCUUGUACCAAGCUGCUCAGAACGUCCUGCAUGGUUUCGGGUCAAUAUGCGGUGCUUCCUUUGGUGGUACGAUUGCAGACACAAUAGGUUGGCGCUGGUGCUUUCUUCUCCAGGUUCCUGUCUCCAUCGUUGCUCUCGCGGUUGGGAACAAGGUGAUCAAAGUGUCAUCGGAUACCGGAUUAACAGGCGUCAAACCCGGUUUUCGUGGUGUGUGGAAACGUAUCGAUCUAUCGGGUUCCCUGCUUCUCGUCUUGGGGCUUUCUACUCAGCUUGUUGGACUAAGUCUGGGUGGUAAUGAGCUACCGUGGGAUAGUCCAUGGGUGGUGCUGUCUUUCGUGACAAGUUUCUUAUUCCUGGCCCUAUUCAUCCUGGUCGAGGCGAAGACGACUACAGUCCCGAUUAUUCCCCUCAAGAUGCUGCGCGGCGUUCUGCCAGUCUCUACGCAGAUUGCGAAUGUUUUCGUCGGGAUGGCGGCAUAUGCUUUCCUUUUCACGUUGCCUCUGUUGUUUCAGGUCAUCCUUCUGGACUCGGCAACUAAAGCAGGGGCACGGCUUGUUAUUCCCUCUCUAUCGACGCCCGUGGGUGGUUUGAUUUCAGGCAUCAUCAUGUCCCGCUGGGGCCAUCUGGCGCACCUCGUCCGUGCGGGUGCUUUCUUGAUGUUCCUGGGAAACACGCUCGUCAUGUUAUUGAGAUUCAACGAUGCUUCAUGGAAGUAUAUUGUUUACCUCAUUCCAGCUAAUCUCGGACAGGGAAUUGUCUACCCAGGUAUUCUCUUCACGUUCCUCGCAGCGUUCGACCAUGCAGAUCACGCCGUUUCGGCCUCGACCGUCUACCUGAUCCGCUCCCUCGGAACGGUAUGGGGCGUCGCCAUCACAUCUGCCAUCGUGCAAAGUACACUGAAAUCAGGCCUUCCAGCGGCCCUGAGUGGAAUACCAGACAAAUGGAAAGUUAUCGAAGAUAUCAGACACUCCGUAUCUGCAAUCCACACCCUCCCGCCUGAUGUCCAGAUGGCCGCUCGGCUGGUCUACUAUGAUGGAAUCAGAUUAUCUUUCGCAGUAUCUGCGGGGUUUGGCGCUGUUGCGACGAUAGCCGCUCUGUUUGCCAAGGGAAGAGGCUUGGAUCGCUCAAACAGCGCCUAAGGGACCGGUUGACGUUCGGCCUUGACUGCGGCGACGUGCCUAGCCGACGGAUUCUUUAGUUUGAUGGCCGGGUUGUGGUCCCUUUGCUCUUAGUGUGGAUUAGAGGUUGGGGUUUGGCUUCAUUGGAAAGAGGAACCGACAGUUAGAACAAGAUAGAAUAGAGGUUUAGAGAGCGGGGAAUAGGUGCUGAACGUAGUUAUCAAGUGGAAAGAUAUUUUAUGUGUUUCCAUCUUCUUUGCGUGCCAUCGGUAGUUAUUAUUAUCCUUAUUACCAAGUUAAAUGAAUGGUCUCAUCCUGCCAUAGCACAGGGCUUACAGCUCGGCGUAGUUCCAAAACGCUCUCCUCUAAUCACCCUAAUCCCUAAUUAUUUUGUGGUAUAUGAUCAGUUAUGGAAGUGGUGUAAAAACCGCGCUAAGAGUUUGGAACCACGACGAGCUGGCACCCCCAUAGCACAGAUCAAACAUGGCGUGGCUGAUUUCUAAUCCUCAAGCUGGUGGAUU